UGCACUCGACGUUCGGAUUGCCGUUCGGUACGCUGACAGACGAUUCGACGUCGACCAUCACCAUGCAGUCGUUACGUGGUCAGAGGAUACGUGACGCGGCACUAAUCGUCUGGGACGAAGCGCCCAUGUCUCCGGGACUACAACUCACGGUGGUCAAUAGGUUAUUGAAGGACAUCAUGGGAUCGGAAUUGCCGUUCGGCGGUAAACCGGUACUGUUCGCCGGUGAUUUCAGACAAAUACUGCCUGUCGUGCGGAGGGGGGUGAGGAGUGACAUCGUCAGGUCGUCGAUCAAAUACAACUGUUUGUGGCGUGACUUGAAACAGUUCAGUCUGACGCGGAACAUGCGCGCCGACAACGACGUGGACUUUGCGACUUGGUUGCUUCAGCUCGUGAACGGCCAAUUGCCAGAGGUCGAUGGUGUUCGGGACACCAUAGAAAUUCCCCGGGAAAUGGUAUGCGAUGUCGCUAAUUUGAUUGAUUUUGUUUUUCCGCAACAAAUGUCGUUGGUCAACAACAUCGACGAAUUUGCUCGGAAAAUAAUUUUAUGUCCCUGGAAUGACGAAUGCAGGCAGAUCAACCGUACGGUGUUACAGCGCAUUGACGGAGCUCACCAGAGUUAUACGGCCAUAGACACUGUGGUGGUCGACGACCCCGACGAAGUGGCUAAUUAUCCUACAGAGUUCCUGAACACUCUGGAACCGGACGGACUGUCGCCGUACAACUUGACGCUUAAGGUAGGUUCGAUUGUGAUGUUGCUUAGGAAUCUAGAUUCGAAGAGACGUCUCUGCAACGGAACGAGAUUGGUUGUCACUGAACUGCGACGAUACAACUUCAAGGCGAGGAUGUUGUCUGGUGGUGCACAGGAUGAUAUAAUCAUACCUGCGAUACCACUCACGUCCAGUGGCGAAGAUGACCUGCCCAUCAUAAUGCGGCGAGUGCAGUUCCCCGUACGUUUGUCGUUUGCAAUGACCAUCAAUAAGUCACAGGGUCAAACGUUCGAUAGAGUUGGAUUGCUUCUGCCUUCACCGGUGUUCACACACGGACAACUGUACCGUAGCCUUUUCAAGAGUGAGGAACUCUCAAUCCAUUAG